AUGGCGCAAGAGCUCAUCUCGGAUGGCUACCGAGACGCGGUUUUCGUCGACCGGGGCUCCGCGGGGGCGCUGUUCCGCGCAGUGCGGGUACAGGACGGGGUCGUCGUCGCGGUGCGGGCCCUCGACCCGGAGCGGAUCGGGGUUGCGCGCUGCGAGGAGCUCGCCCGAGAGCACACCGCGGCCGCAGCCCUCCCCCACCCCAGGCUCCUCGCCUGCGGGCCUGCGGUCUCGGAGCCUGACGCGGUCCUCCUUGAGACCGAGUGGUGCCCCGACGGGUCGCUCGCAGGGCUCCUCCGGCGGCAGCGGCGGGCAGGCCCCUUCUCUGAGGACCGCAUCUGGGAGCUCGCGGCCCAGCUCGCAGAGGCGUUGGCGUUCCUCCACAGCCCGCUCAAGGCCCGGGGCGUCCUCGCCCACGGCCGCGUCUCACCCUCCGCCGUCCUCCUCGCCGGCCCGCGCGCGAAGCUCGGGGACUGUCUCCGUGCCCCGUCUCCACCGGGCCCGUACGCGGCACCAGAGGUCGCUCGGGGCGGCCCCCCGACACCUGCAGCAGACGUCUGGGCCCUGGGGUGCGUCCUCGUCGAGCUCUGCACCCUUCGCGCGCCCUGCUGGGACCCCGCUGCGCUCGCCGCAGACCCUGUGCCCGCUCUCGAGCGCUGCCCUGACACCCUCCGCGCCGCUGCCGCCGCGUGCCUCUGCGUCGACCCCGCCCGCCGGAUCUCCGCCGCGACCUUCGUGACCUUCCCGCCCGCCCUCUGGGCCCUCCACCGCGUCGAGCAGGCCGCACCCUCUGCGGUCCCUCGCGUUCAGUUAUCAUCCGCAUUACUGAGAUCCUCUGGAAUUGCUCAAGGGUUUAUGUCUCACCUCGGACAACAAGAAAACGUAUUUUCUGCAGUUGCACAAAAUGACCCCGAGAUGCUCAAGUCGGCAAUCCAGUCGCUCGGUGACACAGCUCCGCUAGCACAGCUACUAAUGGAAGCGUGUGAUAAAAAGGCGUACAAGGUAAUGCCCCAUCUUUGCAGACUGGUCGCUGCAACAAAGACUCCUAUUACGUUGUCGUGGUGGAAGGGAAAUCAGGUCACGAGAAAAACACUGCUUAUGCUUGCUGUUGAGACACAGGCCAUUGAAAUGAUUGAAAGAAACAUGGAUAGUCUAUGUGCAAUGUAUGAGGAUUGUACUGCGCUUAUGAUUGCGGCCAAAGAGGGAAAGUAUCGGUGUUUGAUGCAUCUCCUUUGUGAGCUGGGUAUUUCAUCGUCUACGGGAAAGAGUGCCUUGAUGUAUGCAGCUGAGUAUGGAUUCUCUGAUUGUGUAUCUCUCCUUCUGCCGGAAGUCGGAAAGGAAGAUGACCAUGGUUUAACGGCACAUGCUUAUGCGACUAAGAACGGACACGCAGGAUGCAUAGCUAUUCUGUCUCAAUACGAGUCAGAAACUGCGCACUCUAAAACUGACCUAUGCAAACUUUCAGCGAUUAGGCAGAGUGAAGAUGGUAGCGAGCCAAGUGCUCCUGAACUUCCUGUGUUGGAUGCCUCUAGAUCAUCUAGGUGUACCCAGUCAAAAAGCAGAAUUCAUAAGCCGGAACCCAUGUUAGUGGAACCAGGCCCUGUCAAUCAGCUCUUACUUAGCAAAACCACUGCCUCUACUGGACGUUUCAUAGCUUCGACCUCUUUGAGCCCGGAUGACCCCAUCACAACGAUACUAUCUCCGAUGAAGUCUCCAGACUCUAAGCAGCCACGACUAGUUAAAAGUGAUACAAUCAACGAACUACAUGCGCUUGCUCGCGAGUCUCAAGAUGAAGUUGUAAAGCCACUUUUGGCAACUCGCUCUGUAAGCCAGGCUAAUCGUCAACCUCACCCGAAGACAUCUUCUGAUUACAAGAAGACAUCUAAGCCCGGCAGUAGAUCGCACAGCAAAGAGCGAGACACUCUUGAAAAUGCGAUUCUACGCAACAAUCCAUCUGCUGUCGUCCUUCACCUUCAUGAUUUCGCCGCAAACCCACAGCCAUAUGUGGACUUGGUAUUCACAGAGAAAAAGUUCAAAGUCUUGCCAACUCUCUGCCGCUAUCUUGCAAAAAAACACCUCAAGGCAAAAAUACGCACCAGGGUUGCAACGCCCGUCGAAGAGUUAACAUCUCUAAUGCGAGCGGUGAUAAAUUGCGACCACCAGGGCGUGAAGGAGCAUAUAAGGGAGGCUGGUAAUGAGUACGUGGGAUGGCUAAGCUAUACAGACACAACGGGCAAGGGAUACAUUCUGAGUAAUUGCACAGCACUCAUGAUUGCAGCGGCAAGAGGAGACGCCGAGUGUACAAAGCACCUCUUAUGCGAAAUGGGUGUAUAUUUAAACAGUAAGUGCACUUCUCUGACAUAUGCCAUUCUCGGUGGGCACCAUGAAUGUGUCAGACUCCUGCUUCUGGAGUCUGACAUCAGUGGCUGCACAAUGCUUAUGCGGUGCUGCUUCUUUAAUAACCAUAAGGAAAUCCCUAAUUAUCUCACUGAAGCCAAGGCAGCUAUAGGCCCCGGCCGCACAGCUCUUAUGAUUGCAGCGCAACUUGGAAACAAAGAAAGUGUAGAAGCUCUGGUUGACUACGAGGGCGGUCUGCAGGACAAAGAUGGCAUUACGGCUCUGUAUCUGGCAUCCAGUAACAAUCAGCUGGAUUGCAUCAAGCUUCUUCUGGAAAAAGAAAAGCGGAUCAAGACUAAUGUCGGCUGGACAGCACUAAUGGCAGCUGCGCAGAAGGGCCAUGCAGAUAGUGUGCAGCUCUUGUUGGAGGCAGAGAGUGGAUACCAGAAAAGUGAUGGCUGGACUGCCUUGAUGCUGGCAGCGCAGGCUGGGCAUGCGGAUUGUGCAUCCUUGCUAGCUUCCAAAGAGGCAUGCAUGACAAAGCCGGAUGGGUGGACUGCCCUAAUGAUCGCUGCUCAAGAAGGUCACCAUCGGGUUGUCAAAGUCCUGAUGAAGAGCGAAGCAGGACGGCAACAGAAGACAGGAAUAUCAGCCCUUAUGUUGGCUGCACAGAGCGGGCACGAUAGAUGCGUCUUGCUCCUACGAGAGCUUGAGGCUCAGCUCGUGGACAAACGCGGAUUGACUGCCCUAGAUUAUGCUUCCCAACUAAAGGAAGAUAACAUCGAUCGUGAACAGCAGGAAAAGCACGCUCUUUGUGUUUCAUAUUUACAAGCCGGCGGUUCUGGUAAGGACAAGACUAAUUAG